AUGGCAACACCACGCAGGGGGACGGUGCGCUUUCGCAAGGGGGCUCGGUUCUUCGAGAACGACCUGAACCCUUCCCAGUUUAGCGAGCUUGCACAAGUGCUAGAUCAAGGUCGCUAUGAUUCUGAGGUCUUUACGACCUUUGCUCUGAAGACGCUGGACAACUUGCGGUGUACAGCCCGGGCGAUCCAGACGCGGUACCCGCCGCGUUUCGCGCUACGUGACCCAACAUUGUACACCGGCGGUGCCGGUAUCUGUAUAUUCUUCUAUCACGUUUGGCGAAACCUGAAAAGGAUCUCGCAAGAGCCGAGUAUGGACGAGUCUCUGCGGCAGGCCAUGCAGGAGCUCGCAGAGUCGGCGCUUGCCAGCGCUGCAGAGUACGCAUCGUUCAGUUUGCAGGGUCUUUCACAGAGUCACCAGCGCGGCACGUUCCGUUGGGAUCAGGUUGUUGCCGAACGAGGUCCAAGUGUGUUCUGUGGACAAGCUGGGGUCUAUCUCGCAAGCGUGCUCGUGGAGAAUGCGAGGGCGAACACGGAAGCCUGCAAGGCGUACAUGGAGCAAUUUAUACGUAUGGGACAAUAUGCUGUACCUGACACGCAACAUCAGGCGCCGUCUUGUGCCGACGAGGUACUCUACGGGAGUGCCGGGUAUCUCCUCGGCUGGCUCUACCUGCAAAGGGAGCUCGGGCCGAAUGCGCAGUGGCUCGGGCAAGAUAUUGCAGAGGAUGUUGUUGAGUAUCUGAUGAUGCGAGGUUCCAUUCUGGCGGACAAUUGCCAGCCCGGUGCGAAUAUCUUGCUCUACCAGUGGCACGACAAUAUGUACAUGGGUUUCGCCCAUGGACUCAUGGGUGUGACUGCAGCGCUCUUGGAGGCCUGUGCGGCACUGCCGGAGAAGGCGCGCCCCACGCAGAGCGACGCACUUUUAAAGAACACGCUAGGGUUCAUUUUUAGUCAUCGUGAGCCCGAUGGCUUUUACGACACUCGGGUCAAGCUUCAGGAACGAAGUCGUUUUCAAGAGCUACGUAGCACUGAUAGCAAACGCCUCGUGCAAUGGUGUCAUGGAUCGCCCGGUGCGCUUUUUCUCUGUGCUGCUACACAGCGCCGAUACCCGCACUUUCCGAAUCUGUCGGAAGAAGCUUCGCUUGCGGCGCGCGUGACCUGGCAAGAGGGAUUGCUGCGAAAGGGUCCGGGGCUGUGCCACGGCAUCGGCGGCAAUGCCUAUGCCCUGCUCUGUUGUUAUCAGAUCGCGAGGUCAUCUGACCCGAACGCUAUCGAAUAUUUGCAACGGGCGCUUGCGUUUGCGGACUUUCAGGUAUCCCGCUCGAAAGCUGUGCCUGAUGCCGGCAUGGCAAGCGCCAUUGAUCGAGUGCCUUGGCUGCUAUACGUUGAAGGCACCCGAAUCCCGGAUAACCCAUACAGUUUAUAUGAGGGCAUUGCUGGUUUCGGAUGCCUGCUGGUCGAUCUUUUAUUGCCGCGAGAAGCGCGCAUGCCGCCAUGUUAA